AUUCUUUUAUGCAAAUUUCUUUUAAAAGAGACUCCCGACAAACUUAAAUCGAUUCAGUUUUCCUGUCAACUUUUUAUCGAAUACGACCCGUCGGAGGUUCAGGUUCCUAGCAAUUUUAUCAAUUUUCGGUCAAACUUUAACUUUCCUUUGGUUGUGUUGUUGGCAAUUGAUUCGGAGCUUAAAAGAAAAUUUUAAUCAAGAAUCAGACGAACGAGGUCGAGGAUCGUUUGUAGUCCUUGUCAAGUCUCAGCUGCCAAAGUCCUCCGAGCAUCGAGCCAAGCAAGACGAACGAAAGGGAUUUAAUUUGUUCCUCUGUACCCGUAAUCUUCAGUCUUAGUCAAGCAAUUAAAGGCAGGAUAUCAAGCGAGCUAGGCAAACUAUAUUUCAGCCGAGAUUAUCCAACUCUAUAAACAGAUUUCCGCAAGGCAAAUUAACAUAAGGAAACCAUCUUAAUAAAGAUGCAAAACAAAGGCCGUAGAAUUGGUCCAAGAUCCAGUUCUCCAGAAGAUCCUUCAAAAUGCAUCAAGUUCUCGCUGUUUUUCUUAAAUGUUCUUUUCUGGUUAGCUGCGAUCUUAAUCCUUGGAGUCGGAGUGUACAUGAUGGUCGACAAAGACGUAGAUUACCAAAGUUUGAGCGAUUUGUCGUUUGAUCCUGCAGUGCUGUUCGUGAUUCUCGGCGGAUUAUUGUUUCUCAUUACCUUCCUCGGAUGUCUAGGCGCUUUACGAGAGAACACUUGCAUGUUAUGCUGUUAUGCCAUCAUUGUUGGCGUGCUUUUGUUAAUCGAAGUUGCUUGUGGCGCUUUGGGCUUCAUCUUCCGCGAAAAGGUGGAGGAGAACAUCCGAAAAAAAUUAAACGAUGCAAUUAAUCUUUACCGUGAACCAGAUAAACCAGACUUGCAGCUGAUUAUUGAGACAGUACAAACUGAAUUCAAAUGUUGCGGAAUCACCUCGCAUGAAGACUGGCAGGCUAACUUAUACUACAACUGUUCUUCGCCGGGGGCAGAGGCGUGCGGAGUACCGAAAACAUGCUGUAAGACUGAAGAAGACAGGAUUAACAGCCAGUGUGGGUAUGGAGUCGGAAGAAUGGAUUCCAUCGAGCGAGAGAAGAGGAUCUAUACAACUGGUUGUCUGACGAUCGCUGUGAACUGGUUCAAAAACAAUCUCAUUACUAUCGGAAUUUCGUCGUUCGGCAUACUACUGCUACAGAUCAUAACCAUUUGGCUGGCUGUUACACUUCGAGGUCAGGUGGCUGAUAUCAAAGAAUCGUUCAACUCUCCGUCCAAUAGACGAUGAAAAUUGAAAAAGCCUCUUCCAUUGUUAAAUUUGAUGAUGUAUGCAACACAAUCUUAGUAUUCAGUUUUGACCGCUAGUGGUAGCUUAGUUCCUUACUACAUUGUCGCUUCUUAGGUGGAAAAAAUAAUUAAAAAAGAAUUUAGGACUUAAGCUAAUUAAUAAGUGGCCAAAGAUGCUAUUUUUGUUUAGUCGUAAAGACAACUGUUCUCUGGUCAACUUUACCAGAUGUAUUAACUAACAAAGAGAAGAUAUGAGGUGUACGAGAGGUGAUCAAGAGGAAAGGAGGAGAAAAUGGCAGUACUAUUAAGAGAGCUUGAAAAAAUUGGCUUACUAACUGUGGAAAUGUUUUGGGAGCGAAGUUAAUAAUUUGAAUUAUACCUCUGAAGGAACAGUAUUAUUCACUAUUCAAAUGUACGCGUUACAUUAGUUAGUUUAGUUAGCUGUAAUUCGUAAGCCGUACCUAGGUUUGCCGCAUAUCAUUCGCCGAGAUCCAUGCAUGCAAUAAUUUUUAUAUAUUUCCCUAGAAGGACUACAUUCGUAAAGAGGUCAAGUAGAGGCGAGUUAAUUCAGUGACUUGUUUUCAUUCUUACCUAAUCAGAAUAGAUUCACAGCAUGAAUGAUCCAGGAAUUAUCUCUACGAUAAAGGAUACGCUCAGACAGCGUUUAUAAUGUAAGCAGAAAUUGGUAUGUGUGGCGCACAUGCACCAACGCAAACGAAAGUGCAAAUAUGGAAGGGGACGUUCAUGUCAUACGUAAAUGCAAGGAACGUAUGAUACGUAGAGAUUGUCCGAGUGCUUUUUUCCCCAAGACGGACAAGAUGAGAAUCUGACAAUUGUUCUCAACAUGUCUUAGGUUAUGCUCAAGUGUAAGCUUAUGUAGUUUGAGAAAAUUUUUUUCAUAAA